AUGGAAUCACGGUUACGGAAGCUACUCGCGCCAAGAAGACACAGAGGACAGCGCCAUGAUGCUGGUCCGGAGUUGGAUUUGCAUAGCGUCCCAUACACGACAGCUCCACCACGAGGCCGACUACCACUCUUUACCAAAUCUAGCGGCCCUACAGCAAAAGAUCGCAAAGCUGGCGUGCCUCCUGAUCGCCUUCGAUCUUUUUCUUAUAAAGAGGCGUCGCCGGGUAAACCGCCUCAGCUGGGGGACCGACCUCACCGAGGAAAUGGCCCUGUCAAGCUUCAGACAAGUCGACGCCUAAGCUCUGGGGAGCUCCUCGUUACCGAGCAGGACUACGACCGCACACUGGAAGACAUCCGACAGGGCGAGUAUAUCGUUGGCGGCAAGGAAAGAAGGACCUCCCGGACCUUAUCACAGCCAAAGUCGCCCACGGAGCCUCCCAAUCUCAAGUUCAUCUCGACUGCACCAAGUUCCCCUCAGGAUGAAGCGGCCUUCUCCAGUCCAAUCUGGCAGUCUCCAUCCGUACUCAAUGACGUCCCACCACCCACGUCUUCCUGCUGGGCUUCGGGUCCCUUCGGUCUUCCAGAACGCUCACACUCUUCUCAGGUAUUCUAUUCUCUAUAUCCACCCCCUGGCCCUAACAACCAGGGGCUGGGGAUCUCCAGCCCAGCCCAGCAGUUCUAUUCUCCCUACAUGGCGUCGACCACAUCUCUCCUCGAACCUCAUGAGGAACAGAACCCGACCAUUCAAGCACUCUGGAAGGCCGAAUACAGUCGGUUAGUUUCCAUAUACGGACAAGCCGGCGUAGACCGGACCAUUGGGGAUCUCAACAGAGAUCGUGCCGGUGUGCCUAGGCCACACCAUUUGCUGUCCGACCGCAGUGGUGCUUACUCUUCGUCAUCUCUGUCACUGAACCAGAUCUUUCAGCGACCGCCAGAUUCAGUUAGGCGUGGCCUUGGAAACAAGGCCAAUGGAUCGACAUCCAACCUCGAUCUCGCCUAUCUAGACGACCAUUCUGACCGUUCAUCUCAUGCCAGAUAUUCGCACCUUUCUUCUAGCAAUGCAUCGUCUUCCUUCACGACGCGGACGAGUAUGGCUGAAGACCCCAGCAUAAGCAGAGACGAUAUUCGAAAGAUUGUCGAUGAUAUGCGCACAACCUAUCUUCAUGCUAUUGAAGCUCAUACUCCUCCCCUUCAACCUUUGUGUGGCGCCCCAGCGAAGAAGCCUCGAUCCAAGAAAGAGACUCCUUCCCUCAUGUCAUAUACGUCGAUGGAUGGCAGUCUAAGAUCUGCAAGUCGGCAGUCAACUACCCGCACCAAGUCGUGGCAAUCAUCUACGACUCUGAUGACGACCCCGCGUACCUCGAUUUCAUCCCCCGUGAUCAGAUCAAAACGGACAAGCUCCGCGACGAGUCGACGAACUUCUGGCCCGCCCGUAGCCGGAAUUGCUACAUUGCCGGCCAUACAAGCAAGCCCCGCCAAAUCCGCCAAGUCGACCAAAUCCGGGAUAAAGCACAAGUGUGAUGACAUUGGCCUGAAACGCGCCGAUUCGACCACACUGGGUGUCAUGGCUCGAAAGCUGACGAUCCUGGACGACCGCCAUUCGAGUGCCUCGUCGCAGCCCACUGUUGCAUCUUCUCCUACGUUUUACAACUCGGGGUCUGAGUCGGAGUCUGGAUCCGAGAAGAGGCCUCCUUCGGUGUCGUUGCCAAAACGCUCUCCCGCCAAAGCGUCGUCGGUACAGCACACUCCAGAGAAACACAAGCCCGCCGCCGUGCGCCAUGCCUCGCCACUCUCCAAACAACCAUGGCAGAUCGACGUCGACCAGAUCCUGCCGGACAAUGAGCUCGAGUUCGCGCUGGACAUUGACGAUUUUGAAGCGUUGUGCGAUGGCCUAUUCAAUACGCCUGCCACGGAACAGAAACCACAAUUGAACAUGCUUAGAACGUGGGGUGGCGAAGACAAACCCGACGGUGAUGGCCUUGGCGAUGAGGAUGAUACGAUAGCCAUCGACAGUCAGACAGUAAUGAAGAUGCCCGAGGUAGCCAUGGACCAACACAUGGGGUUAGGUCUGACUGGUCUCCCCACGAUGAUUUGA